GGGGCCGGAGCGGGCCCGGAGCGGCGGCUGAGGCGGCGCGAGCGCUCGCAGCACGGCCCUUUGUCACUUCCCGGGAAAACUCCGAAAGCAAAGCCCUCGUUCCGCUGCCAGCAUCCUCCGUUACCCGCGCUGAAACCCCGCAGACCUCUCCUAAUGCCAUGGGGACGAUGCCGUGAGGCCUGGUAAGGCUCGGCCAUAGCCAUGACAGAGCCGCACCGGGUGUCGUUCACCACUCUGCACGGGCCCCUGAGCAGCAGCUUCCUCAAGAGGUCUCGGAAGGACGAGGCGGAGCAGCCCCCGGAGGCGGAGCCGGCGGCCACGGCCGUGCGCAUCACCCUGACCCUCUUCGAGCCCGACCACAAACGCUGCCCCGAGUUCUUCUACCCCGAUCUCCUCAAGAGCUGUCGGGGGAAAGUAAAAGGGAGUUCUUCAGGUGACAAGAAGAAAGACUCAGCUGAUCCCUUCAAUGAUGAGGAAAAGGAAAGGCACAAAGUGGAGGCUCUUGCUAGGAAGUUUGAAGAAAAAUAUGGUGGCAAGAGGCGCAGGAAGGACCGGAUCCAGGAUCUGAUUGACAUGGGCUAUGGCUACGAUGAGUCCGACUCCUUCAUCGACAACUCGGAGGCUUAUGAUGAGCUGGUUCCUGCCUCUCUCACCACCAAGUAUGGAGGGUUCUACAUCAACUCAGGCACGCUGCAGUUCCGGCAGGCCUCUGAGUCUGAGGAUGACUAUGUCAAAGAGAAGAAGAAGAAGUGUCCCAAGAAGCGGAAGUUGAAAGAUGGGGGUGAAAAAAUAAAGAAGAAGAAGAAGGAUGAUUCUUAUGACAAGGAAAAGAAAUCAAAGAAGUCCAAGUUUCCAAAAGCUGGCUUCACAGCAUUAAAUGCAAGUAAGGAGAAGAAGAAGAAGAAAUACUCUGGAGCUCUCAGUGUCAAGGAGAUGCUGAAGAAGUUCCAGAAGGAGAAGGACGCUCAGAAGAAGAAAGACGAAGAGCAGAAAGCGGUGCCCCCUUCCCCAGCAGACCCUGCAGGCCCAAGGGAGGCAGAGGCCAUGGCUGACCCCCUGCUGUCCCUCUUUGGGCACGCCAGUGACAGUGACCUGCUGCAGGCAGCCUCGGCCAUGGACUCCCUGAGCGAGCUGGACCUGGAGCGGCUGCUCAGCGAGUCCCCCGAGGGCAGCCCCUGCCCUGAGCUGGAGGAUGGCAGCGACCCUGCCUUGGAGCAGGAGUUCAAGCAGCCCCCAUCCCUCCCCGAGGGGCUGCCGGCCCCCCUGGAGAAAAGGAUCAAGGAACUGGCUCAGGCUGCCAGAGCUGCUGAGGGAGAAGGCAAGCAGAGAUUUUUCACUCAGGACAUCAACAACAUCAUCCUGGACAUCGAGCUGCAGACGCGGGAGCUCAGCAGCCAGGUGCGCUCGGGGGUCUACGCCCACCUGGCCGCCUUCUUCCCCUGCAGCAAGGACACGCUGCUGAAGAGAGCCCGCAGGCUCUACCUCUACGAGCAGGGUGGGCGCCUGAAGGAGCCUCUGCAGAAGCUGAAGGAAGCCAUUGGAAGGGCCAUGCCAGAGCAGGUGGCCAAGUACCAGGAGGAAUGCCAAGCCCAUACUCAGGCCAAGUUUGCCAAGAUGCUGGAAGAGGAAAAAGACAAAGAACAGCGUGUUUGUUCUGAUGAUGAUGAGGAUGAAGAAAAGGGAGGGAAGCGUGUCGCGGGCCCGCGGAAGAAAUUCCAGUGGAAUGAUGAGAUCAGGGAGCUGCUUUGCCACUUGGUGAAGAUUAAAUUGGAUGGUUAUGACCUUGACAAGAAUAAGGCUCAGUCUCUAGAGGAUUAUGUGAAGACCUUCCUAGAAGGAGAGGUGAAGCCCCUUUGGCCAAAAGGCUGGAUGCAGGCCAGGACACUGUUUAAGGAGAGCAGGCGUGUGCACGGACACCUCACAUCAGUCCUGGCGAAGAAGAAAGUCAUAGCUCCUACCAAGGUGAAAGUGAAGGACUCUUCCUGCAAGCCAGACAAGAAGCUGUCAGUGUCUGUCCCCUCCCUGCACUCGAGCAGCUCCUUGGCCAUGUCCUCAGAGCCCCAGGGAGGAGCCCUGGGCAUCAGUGCCCAAACCAGGGAGCUCCUGUCCCUUGGGACAGCCCAGGCUGCCAGCAGCACUGCUGCUCCUGCCACCUUCAAGGAUGAUUCCUUGGAUGAGGACUUGAUUCACAACCCCACCUCCUCCCUGGAAGCCGUGUCCAAGGAACUGGCUGUGCUCAACAGCAGGGCAGCAGGGAGCCCUGACUUUACUCUUCCUGCAGCUCCAAAAGCUCCACCAGAGAAGAUCCCAGGUCUUGCAUCCUCAGAGGAGAAGAGGACAUUUCCAAAGCCCAACCCUUCCCCUUCAUCAUCCUCCGGUUCCCUCCAGUCUCCUCUAAACUUCCUCGCUGAGCAGGCCCUGGCGUUGGGCCAGUCUUCUCAAGACAAGAAGACAGAGAACUCUAAUUACAAAGAGCAUUCCUGCCAAGCCUCCCCCAGCAAAAUCCUUCCUGAUGCCCACCAGGCCAAACAGAAGCACCACAGCCUGGUCAGGCCAGGCCACGGGGCCCCGGCCUCGGCGCCGCUGCCGGGCGCUCAGGUGAAGGUGUUCCACCCUGGUGCUCAGCUCCAGAAACCUUUCCCCUCCCCAGCUCCCUUUGUCAAACUGCAGAACCCCAAAUCCUCCACCCCCCUGCCCCAGCGCUCCCUCCUCCAGCAGGUCAAGUCAUCAACCAAAGCUCAGAGCUUCCAUUCCUCCGCGUCCCCAGGCAGCACCCAGAACUCCAGCAGCUCCCACAAGGGCCAAGGCUUGUCCUCCUCCUCUCUCAGCUACGCCGGGAAGCACUCAAGCGGCUCCGGCUCUUCAGGACAAUCUUACAAAUCCCCUUUUGUCGCUGGCUCCCUCUCCAAGCACGGGGCUUCUUCCAGCAGCUCCUCUGGAGCUCCUGCCAGCCAGGGCAGCUCCUCUGGGACUUUGCUCCCCGGUGUUGCAGCCCCGUCCCCGGGCUCGGCCUCGGGCCGCCCGGCCUCGGGCUCCUCCGUGAAGAAACCUCCCGUGGCCCAGAAGCUGACCCUGGUGGCACCUCCUGGGGGCUCCAACGGGGAUUCCAGCGGGGGCACCCAGGGCGUGGCCAAGCUGCUGACCUCGUCCCUAAAGCCAGCUGUGGUCAGCAGCACCGCAGCCUCUACCUCUGUGCCGAAAGGAACUAGUGGAGCUGUGCUGCUAACAAGCUCUUCCUCCUUAAGUGUACUGGCUCCAUCCUACAAGUCCAACAACCCAAAGCUGCCAGCUGCCCUGAGCUCCACCCCGUUAGGUAUUAUCUCUCCUAUUCAUUCUUUCCCUCUCCAUGUCAUCUCCUUCAGUUCCGACUCCUCCCCCAAAGCAGGAGUUUCCAAGGAUGCAAUAGUUACAGGACCUGCUCCAGGAACUUUCCACCACGGCCUCGGGCACAGUCUUCUGGCUGGUUUGCACUCCAGCCCCCACCACGCAGCGCCACUCCCACACUCUGCCCUGGCCACUCACUUACCACAGAGUUUGCCAGCAGGAUGCAGGGCCAGAAGACAAAAGACCACUGGGAAUAAGUGAAGGAGAAUUGACCAUGGAUCCAGCUCAGCAAGGACCUCCUUUCUCACUUGGUGUUUUCACUUAAAGAUUGGGGAUGGAGCCUGGUGCUGCCAUCUCUUGGAUCAUUCCCAGUUCUGGUGUUUUGGAGGAGAACACAGCAGAUAUUUAAGUGACUCCCAUAACCUUAAAAUGAAUUCCUGUGUUUUGUGGCACCAGCUGUGUUUGGCUGUGCCAACACCUGCCCACAGCUGCAUUGCUGUGUCUGAGCACUGGAGCUGCCUGGGAGGUUGCUGCAAGUGUAAAGAAAUGUUGAUGCCUUAAAUAAAAGUGCUUUUAUAUCCAUGUUCAUCCAAGAGCCUCUGAGCAAAGAGCAUCCAGUGCUUGCCUGUGUGUGGUUGGUGCUUCUGUUGCUGAUGGGGGUUCCUUGUGCUGGGGAUGUGGAGAUGGGAUGUGCUGGGCUGAGCUCCUGCAUGCAGAGGAGCUGUUCUUGGUCUGGAGGAGAGGCUGCUGCUGCACUGCUGGGUGCCACUGCUGCUUGGCUGCACGUUCAGUGCUCCCAUUGGUCCUUCACAGUCUGAAGUGGUUUUGAUUGCUCCUGGAAAACUUUUGCUUCCUUAAACUUCCUUCCUUUUUCUCUCUUCAGUGCAUUUUCUCUUGUCCUCCACAUCCAUUCCUUUCUGUUCCAUCAGUGGUGAGAUUCCUAUGGAUCCUGUUGCUAUCAGUGGGCACCUAAAGCCUUCAUUUAAAAAGCACCUAAUUAAAUAGUUCAAAAAAAUAAUCAAUAGAGCACUUAAAGCCCUACCUAAAAGGGGUUUCUAGGUGAGGGGUUGGCCUCUUCUCCCACACAACCAGUGGACAGGA